AGAAACACCUUGCUCUCUAAAUAUUGUAUUUGUAUCUAUAUAUAGUUUUCGUAUGGUGACGGAUUUACAAAGAAAAAAAAAAUAUUGGAGUGAAGGGAAAACAAAACAGAGAAAAAGAUAAGAGAUAUAUGGAUACACAAAGGUUGCCGAAGAAAGAAGAAGAAGAAGAAGAAGAUCAUCUACUUUCUUCAACCUUCGAGUCCAUCAAUGGUCACUCUCGAGACCAACACAAUCAUUCUAUAGAUGAUUUCGAGAGCAUUUUCGACAUCACCAUUGACAAUUUAAGCUGCUCUAACGAACUCACGUGGGAUUUCUGGGAAGAAGACGAAGAUGAAGAUGUAGGGGAAGAAGAAAAAAGAUCGAGUACUGAUCAAGAAGGCUCAAGUUUUGGGUUUUGGGAGAAUAAGCCGACGGAUUAUGAAGACAAAGACUUGGGUCUGAAGCUGAAUCUGAACCAUCAAGAAGUUAUCGAUGCUUGGUCUGAUCACCAGAAACCUCUGUGGACAGAUACUUCAACUCUGGACAAUUCCGUUUAUAGGGGAGAAGUGCCAGUGAUAGAGGAGAAGAGAAACAUGCGAAGAGAAGCAAGUGUGUUAAGGUACAAAGAGAAAAGACAGAGUAGGCUCUUCUCUAAGAAGAUAAGGUACCAAGUCCGAAAACUCAACGCAGAUAAACGACCUCGUUUUAAGGUCUCUUUCUUAUUCCUUCUUCUUUCUACACUCUAGCCUUUACUCAUUUAGUUUCAUGACACCAAUUAAUAUUGUGAGGCCUAACUUUAUAUUUCUCUUGCAAUGGAAAUCUUUUGAAUUAUUUGUAGGGUCGGUUCGUGAAAAGAGAGACUUAAAAGGGGCAAAAAUAUCUGGAGAAAAAUAUCUCCAACCUUUGUUGUGUCUAUUUUCUGUUAUUAUUAUUCGUAGUUUUGAGAUAUCAUUAUCGACUUUUACAACUUUUGUCAUAUUGAAAUGAAAAUAUCUUAUUGACAUAAAAAAGAAAAGAGAUGCAAAAAUAUCUUUAAGAUUACAUGAAGAGGAGCGAACGUAUAUGGCAAGUCUUUGUCGAAUUGGUGGGGUCUUAAGGCUAAAAAAGGGUUCACCACAUGUGUAUGAAUCGAAAUCUACUCAUCCGCUGUCGGGACCAAACUACAUAUCAACUACCACGUUUUUCUCAUAUGAAUAUUCAAAGCUACCGUAAAUUUUUAUAAAAUUACGUCAUUAGCAUAAGAAUGUAUGUACAUAUUAAUGACUAUUAUAAACCCUAAGGCACGGAUACCUUAUCCUUCCACCACCGAAUUUCACGGAUUCCAUAUCCUUUCACCGGACUAGACGAAUAUGAAGCUAAGAUAUUAAUAGAUUGGUGACCAAAUUUGAAUCUUUUCGGAUAAAACUUGUUUGGCAUACUUUCCCUUAGAGUCAAUUAUUCUUCAAACAAUGUUUAACUUAAAUCUCAAGAUCUUAUGUAGUUAAUGGUAGAUAUCGUACAGUUUUUUUCGUGUUUGUCUUUUGAUCGUGUGUAAAGUGUUGGAAAAUCUAACUUUGUAUAUAAGUUCUACACCUCCAAAUUAACGUUCGAGCUUAUCGGUAUUACUGCUAGUGCUUU